GUGGCGAACACUUUCCAACGGCGGUGGGCACCAUUUUUAACAUUCUCCCAUAUUUCAGUAAUAAACUCUCUACUAAUCAUCUCCAAUUCAAAUCGCAUUUCAUUUCUACGCAUUAUUUCUCUUACACAAUCAAUCACUUCUCAAACCCCAAUUUUUCUAACCUUACUGUUCAGAUCUCUCAACCGAGCUCUUCAAGAUAAUAGCAGUUCUUGGUAUAUUCGGUUUAAGCUUAGAUCUUGGUUGGAUUCCAUUGUGAUAUGGAUGUUGGAUUGAAUUGGAGAGUACCCAUUUGGAGAUUAUGUUGAGUGUUGUUGAUGGGACUUGAUUGGUGUGAUAAUAAGUUACUGUAUUUUGCUGAUUCAUUUGGAGUUGUGGAGCGUUUUUUCUGAUUGUUUUGGUUACUGGAGUAAAAGAAAAUGUUUUGGCGGGACCGUGAGAGGGACAUUAAGGACCAGAAUGGCGGUCCCCCCUGCGGGCAGGUUCGUGUUCUUGUUGUUGGUGAUUCAGGUGUUGGGAAAACUUCUCUUGUUCAUCUGAUCGUUAAAGGUUCUUCUACUGCUCGCCCUUCCCAGACAAUUGGAUGUACAGUUGGUGUGAAGCACAUUGCUUAUGGUAGUUCUGGUAGUUCUUCCAACAGCAUUAAGGGUGAUGCUGAGAGAGAUUUCUUUGUCGAACUAUGGGAUGUGUCAGGUCAUGAUCGAUAUAAAGAUUGCCGAUCUCUGUUCUACUCUCAAAUAAAUGGGGUUAUUUUUGUCCAUGAUCUCUCACAGAGAAGGACAAAAACAAGCUUGCAAAAAUGGGCAACAGAGAUUGCUGCAAAUGGGUCAUUUUCAGCUCCUCUUGGUUCUGGGAGUUCAGGCGGUAUUCCAGUUCCAUAUAUUGUUAUUGGGAACAAAGCUGAUGUUGCAGCAAAAGAGGGAACAAAAGGAAGUAGUGGCAAUCUUGUUGAUGUAGCUCGCCAGUGGGUCGAAAAACAAGGGUUGCUUCCAUCCAGUGAGGAACUUCCAUUAACCGAGAGUUUUCCUGGCAGUGGAGGCCUUAUUGCAGCUGCUAAAGAAGCAAGAUACGACAAGGAAGCUUUGACAAAGUUUUUUCGUACAUUGAUCCGGAGAAGAUACUUUUCCGAUGAGCUAACUGCACCAAGUCCAUGGGCUGCUUCUCCUGUUCAGAGACCUGUCCAGCGUUUGGAUGAGAAUAUAAGUGACGAAGAUCCGUUCUACAAAAGUACACGUUUAACAGGUGGUGAUUCAUACAAAUACAACAUGCUUCCUCCUCUGCCUGCUCAACGCAAUCUCACACCACCUCCGACUCUGUAUCCCCAACAACCAGUUUCAGUCACCGAGAGUUACAGCUUUCCGAGAUUUUCCCUUAGUGAUAUCCAAGAAAUAAACAAUAGUGCCAGAUCAAAGCGCUUGGAUAUUAAUGUGUGACGAUCUUUGCCUCAGAUUGCUGCUGCACAGACUGCCAUUCAAUGUUUGUAUUCUUUCCUUGCUAUUUUGUUUGUGAACCUAUCCGCCCGAUUCUUUUCAAUAUACGGCUGUAAGGGGUUUUGGGUUACAGUUGAAUCACAUAAUACAUGUAUAUUGAUUGAUUGAUUAAUGCAACCAUUUUCACUGAAA